GAGAACACGUGUUGGAGUUUUCUGGAGCCUUCUCUCUUUCCAGAGCGUCCGAGCAAAGCGGACUCCUCACCGGCGGCUCCUUUUACUUUGACUUCGCUGGUUAGAGGCUGCUUCGCCAUGGCUGCCGUCAAAGCUCUGAACCCCAAAGCAGAGGUCGCCCGGGCCCAGGCCGCGCUGGCGGUCAAUAUCAGUGCCGCCCGGGGGCUGCAGGACGUGCUGCGGAGUAACUUGGGACCGAAGGGGACCAUGAAGAUGCUGGUUUCUGGUGCAGGAGACAUCAAGCUGACCAAAGAUGGAAACGUCUUGUUACACGAGAUGCAAAUUCAGCACCCGACAGCGUCGCUCAUUGCGAAGGUGGCCACGGCGCAGGAUGACAUCACGGGAGACGGAACCACUUCGAAUGUCCUCAUCAUCGGUGAACUGCUGAAGCAGGCCGACCUCUACGUGUCAGAGGGUCUGCAUCCCAGAAUCAUCGCGGAGGGCUUUGAGGCGGCGAAAGAGAAAGCUCUGGCUGUUUUGGAGGAGAUGAAGGUGACCCGGGAGAUGGACAGAGAGACCCUCAUCAACGUCGCACGCACCUCCCUCAGGACCAAGGUCUACGCAGAGCUGGCAGACCUGCUCACUGAGGCUGUAGUAGACGCUGUGCUGGCCAUCGCUAAACCCAACGAGCCCAUUGACCUUUACAUGGUGGAAAUCAUGGAGAUGAAGCACAAGACGGACUGUGACACACAGCUGAUCAGAGGGUUGGUGUUGGACCACGGCGCCCGACACCCAGACAUGAAGAAGAGGGUGGAGGACGCCUACGUACUGACCUGCAACGUCUCUCUGGAGUACGAAAAGACGGAGGUCAACUCCGGCUUCUUCUACAAGAGCGCCGGGGAGCGGGAGAAGCUUGUGGCCGCGGAGAGGAAGUUCAUUGAGGACCGCGUGCAGAAGAUCAUCAACUUCAAGAACACAGUGUGUCCCAGCGGGGAGAAGGGCUUCGUCGUCAUCAACCAGAAGGGUAUCGACCCGUUCUCCCUCGACGCUCUCGCCAAGGAGGGCAUCGUCGCUCUGCGCAGGGCGAAGAGGAGGAAUAUGGAGAGGCUCACUCUGGCCUGCGGUGGCAUCGCCAUGAACUCAGUGGAUGACCUCACACCUGACUGCUUGGGAUUCGCUGGGCUGGUUUAUGAACACACACUGGGAGAGGAAAAGUUCACGUUCAUCGAGAAGUGUGGGAACCCUCGCUCCGUCACCCUGCUGGUGAAAGGACCCAACAAACACACCCUCACACAGAUCAAAGACGCCGUCAGGGACGGUCUGCGGGCGGUCAAGAAUGCAAUUGAAGACGGCAGCGUUGUGUCCGGCGCAGGAGCGUUUGAGGUGGCGGUGGCUGACGCACUGGUGAAACACAAGCCCAACGUGAAGGGCAGAGCUCAGCUGGGAGUCCAGGCAUUCGCUGAUGCUCUGCUGGUCAUCCCCAAGGUUUUGGCCUCGAACUCUGGCUACGACCCUCAGGAGACUCUGCUGAAGCUGCAAACAGAGUACAAAGACUGCGGGCUGCUUGUUGGAGUUGACCUCAGCACAGGGGAGCCCAUGGUGGCAGGAGAAGCAGGAGUUUGGGAUAAUUACAGCGUAAAGAAACAGCUUCUGCAUUCAUGCACGGUCAUUGCCAGCAACAUCCUGCUAGUGGAUGAGAUCAUGCGAGCUGGAAUGUCUUCUCUGAAAGGUUAAAUGACCCUGAAGAAGCCGCAGCAGUUGUCACUCUUGCGGGGAUUGUUCCGGUUCAGGAACUCUGAAGCCCCCCAGUCUGACGGACGGCCCGCUGUUCACCCCGCCAUCAUCACAGCAUCUGUCAGAAACAUCGUUCAUGCUACUCAUGGGUUUGUUUUUGUUUUUUUUCAUGGAUUUGUCAACGCGUCCCUCUGAUUGGUUUAUUUAUGAGAUUUUGUUAAAAGCACUGACCUCUACCACUCAGUUCUGUUUCUACCCAUUAAAAGAUUUCUUGGCUCUUGAAA